AUGCAGGAGGCAUGUCAGAAAGAUGUUGAAAGGGCAUUUGGAGUGCUCCAAGCACGAUUUAAUAUUGUCAGCGUGCCAGCUAGAGGUUGGAGUAAUGAGGAUUUGUACUACAUCAUGAAGACGUGCAUUAUUUUGCACAACAUGAUCAUUGAAGAGGAGCGUGAUAUUCCAGAAAAUGAACGCAGUGCAGCACAACUUAAGACUGAUACCAGUAAUUUGGGCUGUCAAGUGUCACGCGAUCCGAAUGAGGAGUAUUCUCAAUUUAUGUUGAAUCGGCAAAGGAUUAGAUCUGUUGAAGCCCAUAAUGUAAUUCGCAAUGAUCUAAUUGAACACUUGUGGUCUCGAGCUGGAGAGUUAGAUUAA